AAAAACAACGAAGUCAAAUAAUAAGCUCACAAAGUAAAUAUGGCACGGAAAAAGCGAUGUUCUGGCUUCUCUUCUACUCCAAUUUCAAUCGGAAAUUGUGAGGUUGUUGUGGAAUCUGGGAAGUUUAGCUCAGAAUUAAAUGAAAAUAGUCUCAAUAUCACUUUGUCAAAGAAUUCCAAAAUCAAAAUCUCUGUUGUGGAUGAUGGGAAUUGUUCAAAGGAAGCCAAAAGCCCUAUAAAUAUUGGGUAUGAGGAAAAUGGAAAUUACUGUUUCGUGCUCAUUAAUCCCAAAGAUGAUGAUGGAAAAACCAAGUCUCUACUUCAGGUAAUUCUUUCUUUUUUGUCUCUGUAUUUCAAAGAUAACUUCCUGCUUGUCUCUGUCAAUACUCAAGUCUCAACAGAGUUCUGCCAGGAAAUGGUGUCUGGCAUUCUAAGU